UCCAAGGCAGUUUGAAACUCUUUGAAACGUUUUCAUUUCUUCAGUUCAGAGAUGGUCCAGUCCAGUGCAUCUUCAUUGAUCUUCCUAAAUAUCAUAUUUUUCACUUGGGCUGAUACUGUGUUUGGCAAUGUCAAGCCAUGCUCUGCAAUGGGUUCUUCUACAGCAAGCUUUGUGGAAGGGGCAGCUAGCCCAGGAACAAAUCAAUCUGCAGAUAAAUCACAAGAGAAGAAAAAAUGCUAUGUGCCCUGCGAUUUUCAAGCUAAAGUGUUACGUGAAGAAAAACAUUACAUGUGUAGGAAUUUGCAGAAUUCUCUAGUAGAAUAUGCAAGAAAUACCAAGAAAAUGAUAAGAAACAUGAUGGACGAUCACCAGUCUUCUCUGGAUUACCUUUCUAAUCAGGUCAAUGAACUUAUGAGCCGGGUUAUGCUUUUAAAUGCAGACAUGUCUAGAAAACCAAUUGAUGUAUUUCCUCAUCGAGCUGUUCAGUCUCAUGGUUUGGAUUGCAGUGAUAUUAAAGAUACUAUUGGCUCAGUUACAAAAACUCCAAGUGGUCUCUACAUAAUCCAUCCAGAAGGAUCAAGUUACCCCUUUGAGGUAUUGUGUGAGAUGGAAUUUAGAGGAGGGGGAUGGACUGUGAUUCAGAAAAGAACCGAGGGAAUAGUUGAAUUUCAAAGGACAUGGUCUGACUAUUUGGAUGGAUUUGGUGAUCUUUCAGGGGAGUUUUGGCUUGGGCUGCGAAAGAUUUUCCACAUAGCAAACCAGAAAACAGCCAGCUUCAUGCUUUACGUAGGCUUGGAGUCUGAAGAUGACACGUAUGCAUAUGCAUCGUAUGACAGCUUCUGGUUAGAGGAUGAAGCGUGCUCCUUUAAAAUACAUUUAGGACGUUAUUCUGGAAAUGCUGGUGAUGCAUUUCGUGGAUACAGAGAAGAAGAUAACCAGAUUUCCUCCCCUUUUAGUACGUUUGAUGUAGACAACGAUGGUUGCAAUCCAAUAUGCUCUCUCCAGGAUCAGCAGGUAAAAAGCUGCAGCAACUUCAGUGAGAAAACAGGCUGGUGGUUCAGCCAAUGUGGCCUUGCCAAUCUUAAUGGUAUUCACCAGUUGACAAGGAGGAUGCUGACAACAGGAAUUCGAUGGGAUACCUGGACAAUGGACGGCAAACCAGUGAAAAUUAAAUCUGUUUCAAUGAAGAUCAGAAGAACUUAUUUCAAAUAGCAGAACAAUGUAAUUGAAAUGUAUGACUUUUCUGAAAUUUUCUGAUAGGUCGUCUUGGAUUGAAACGCACAUUGGUUUAGUUUAGCAAUCCAUUUUUAGAAAAGUUUAAAGGCCUUUUUCACAGCACAUUACUUUGCAAUUGCACUUUUACAGACAGCAUAAUUAUACUUGCGCUAUGAAAUUAUGCCUGCCGUAGCUUUAUUCACGAUAUUUUCAGUACUCUAUUGGAUGUCAUCAAUGGCUUAUUGUGUUAGCACUUGCGUUCUGUUGGUUGAAAAAUUAUAAGAAUGAUAUCUGCAAUUAUAAGAUAUCUGCAAUAAUGAUAUCUGCAAUUAUAAUUAUAAAUUAUAAGAAUGAUAUCUGCAAUUCCAGCUUUUUGAUGUUGCCAGCUCUUUACCUUUCAAUGGGCCAACAGAUCUGGCAAAUCGCUAUAGCUGCACUAAUUUGAAACAUCAAUGUUUCUCUAAGAGAAGAAACUUUCACACUGACAAAAUUAACUGCAGAUUGCUGUAGAGGAAAUUUCAGUAAAUGACAAGGCUGUUCAAAACAUGCAGCAAGAUGGCCAUAGUGUCACAAACAAGGCUUCUUUCCCUGAUGGGGACAUACAGCCACCUUUUUAUUUAACCAGAAUGCCCCCCUGUGAUGAACUUCGCCUUCCCUCAACAUUUUAAAGAAACAUUUAAUGAUAUAACUUUUUAGAGAGGCUUUUAAAAUUCUCAUCUGUUCUAGUGGGCUGAUAAUUUGGUUUUAAUUGGUUCUAGUUCUAACCGAGUUUUAUUCACUGUAUAUUGUUUUAUUUGUUUCCUUGCUGUGAGUCACCCCAAGCACUAUUGCACUGGAGGAGAGGGAUAUAAAUGUUUUAAAUAAUAAAAAAUAAAUGUACAUGCCUCCUCCCAGCCCUGCUUUUCACUCACAGCCCUUUUGGAGGUGCACAGUGCCCUAACUAACCACCACAUUUGAGCAACAUCCAACAAGAUGGGGAGGAUCUGUUUGCACUGCCAGGCUGCCACCGCUGAGCACAGAUCAUCUAGGUGGCGAAAGCACCCACUUUGCAAAGUGUAGAGCCAGGUAGUGGCCUACACAAGUAUGAGGCAGGCCUCUCCCGGCACUGUUCAUCUCCACAUAGGCUGCAAUAUUCACCCGCUGGGGAGACCACAAUACUGCCUCAACAUCCUUGCUGUGGGCUUCUCAGCCCUAGAGUGCCUCCCCUCCUCCCCCUCCUCCUCCUUGUGGUGCCUUGGCCCUGUAGCUUUGCUCCGUGCCAGGAGCCAAGUCCACCCCCCUUAGUCUACUUCCUCAUUGGCAUGGCCCUGUUCUGAGUUAAAUAUUCCAGUGCACUCUCCAAGAACUCCGCCCAUCUGUACCCAGGCCCCGCCCCUUUUAUCCUGCUCCCCCGCCCCCAGAUUGGUCUGCGGGCUGAUUUCCUUCCGCCCAGGCUGUUUGCAGAGCCACGCAGCAACUCCCCUUUGGCACUCCGCUCCUCCUCCUCUUCUUCUUUUGCACUUGGUGGGUGGCUAUUUCCAACACUGUUGGCAUCCUCCAGCCUUACAUCCAAUGGUUGGGUGAGUUCUGGGCAGGCCCCUGACAGCUCAUACAGACUGUGUCCCAUAGAACUUUCUAACUCUUGGGGUAGGGGACGGUUGUCAUUAAAUCUGACCCCACAGGAAGCUCAGAAUCUGGACAAUUUUCUAAAGUCCUUGCUAUAUCAGCUUUGGCAACCAGUAAGAUUUUGUCAGUAAUUCCCUCUAUAGAGCAGGCUGCACAACUUUGGCCCUCUAGCUGUUAUUGGACUACAACAUCCCUCAUCCUCAGCCACAGUGGCCAGUAAUCAGGGAUGCUGGGAGUUGAUGCAACUGCUGGAAGGCUCAAAUUGUGCAGCCCUGCCAGAGGGCAACAUCCUUCCCUGUCCUCCUCCAUUAUCCCCCACUUCUCCCCUCUGCAUCUAGCUGCAUUCCCUUUCUCCAGAAUCUUUCCUCUAAGGAUCAACAGUAUGUCACUGAAGGUGCCAGGAGAGUAUGCAGAUCCCACCAAUAUUUCCUUACUCACAGCGGUGGCUUUGGGAAACUGACUUGGGACGGAGAGCCUUCAUGAAUUUUACCUAGUUUUGUUUUCAGCUGAAGAGCUGUAUGUGCCAAUGUUGCCCUGGCAAUGAGGCUACAGGGAGAGUGAGGGGUGAACUGGAGUAGGCGGGAAGCCUCUUCCAAGAAGGCCUCUAUCACAUCCGACUGGUACCUGUACAUUUCUCCAUAAAAAAGUGGUGUGGGGAUUUGCUGAUCCUCCACUCCCAUCUGCCAUCUUGCCAGAUAGACACAAGUAACACAAAAGCUUUGACUGGGGACAAUCCAAGCCCCAUGGGGGGGACCCCACCAUUAAAAUUAUAUGCCUGUCAGAGAUCCUAACGAUAACAUGAAAAUACAUCACAUAAAAAGGAGGAUGAAAGGGUAUAUUUGUCAUAAAAAUGCCUUCUCACACAUUCCUGAAAGACUUACUUUUCAAAGACUUACGAUUUAAAAAUGGGUACAUUUUCUGAGUGCAGAAUGAGAGCACAAUACUUGUAAUAAUCAAACAAUACUUGAUUAUUUUAACAGAUUUGGUUUUGCAUUUCCAUCCACAAAAUUACAGUGUUGAUAAUCAUCUAAAAGGCACUACUGAUUUGUUUACUAUCCAAACCCUGUGAAAAUCAAACAUAAAAUAUGGUAGUUUUUUUAAAUUGUUGCUGAAGUGCAAUGCACAUUUAAACACUGAUAUGAAAUAGGAAUAUCUUUUCACAUCAUUUUAGAAAAUUAUUUAAAAUAAUACAAAUUGAUUUUUAGACUGUUACAUUCUGUAGCAUGAAGCAACUUCUUGGUUGGUCUGCUUUGUCUAGAUGAUUUCCUGUAGUAAGAAGUGUUAACAUUAUUACAAAUGCCUUUUAAAAUAAAUAGGCUCAUCUGUUGGUGCUCGGAAUUUCUGUUAUGUGUGCAUCUUAAUAAAAAAUGGUAAUAUAG